AGGAAACCUAGAUCAACGGCCGGUAGACCAAAGGCUCCCCAGGGAGGUAUAAAUUGGUAGGGCUGGCCGGUCCAGUCCCCUCCCCUUUCCGUCCGGGCCAUCCGCCUCUUCCCUCUGGCCAUGCCAACUUGAGCAGCAAACACAUGGUCUUAGAACUGGUUCCGCAGCAAGCAGCACGUCUUCGACCAUGGGCUACAUCAUUCCCUCGCAGUCGGACCGGCCACACGGCCACCAGCAGAGCACCCAAGCACACGGGCCGCGGCGCCCACCCAGGCAACGUGAGGCGGGCGUGCCCACACCGUGGGACCCGAGGACGAUAAAUCUGUCCCAUGGCAAUCUCCCUCCUGUACGAUCAGCACAGUAACUCUUGUUGGGGAACCAUCACCAAGCUAACGAGCCACCCAAGCCCCCCCUAGCUUCUCCUCAGACUGGCGACUCUGAACGCCUUUGGAAGGCCCUUUCUGAGCCUGACCCGUUUCCGACCAUCCCACCACCGGACCCUCCCCGGGCCUCUCCCCGGCCGGCCUUGAGGAGAAACAACAGGCUUCUCGUGCCUCUCUCGCCCUCGGGGCCCCCUCC